AAGGGAAUUUUGAAGCUGCUGUGAAACUCGGAAUUGCCUAUUUAUAUAAUGAAGGACCGUUAUUAAGUGAUGAGGGGAGAGCCGAUGUGUGUGGCCGUAAGGCGUCACACUACUUCAGUCUUGCAGAGGGCUUGCGAGCUCAGAACGCUGAUCCUUUUAUAUGGGUGUUCAUCCGUCCUCCUUGGUCUCCUUCUGGCAGUUGCUGCAAAGCUGUAGUAUUUGACCAUCUGAAGAAUGAAUGUGACAAAAACAAGGACAAUCGAGGACCCUUAUUACACUGUUUGGCCCGUGUUCUACAAUUUUUUGAAGAUGAUGAAAAGCACUGUGAAGCUAUGGCCAUGUUGGAGCAAUCUUCUCUAGCUGGUUGUCUUAAGAGUUCAUAUUCUUUAUGGGAGAUCAACCGGAAAAUAUCCGGUAGUGAUCCUGGAAGGUAUUUGCAAUGUGUACGUACUCUCAGGGACUAUGCUGCCAAAGGAUGCUGGCAGGCACAGUUGACCCUGGCUAAAUUGUGCAGUGUUGGAAAUCCGCUGGGUUUAGAAACAAAGGCCUGCACUGAUUUGGUGGCUCAGCUUUUUAGUUUGUCCAACACUUCAACCAGCUCUGACACUCCAGCCAUCCUGAAACAAGGCAUUAAGGACAGCAUGAGGUACAUACUGGUGGAUUGGCUUGUAGAAGUAACUACAAUGAAGGACUUCUCCAGUCUGACAUUGCAUGUGACAGUGGGCUGUGUGGAUCGAUAUCUGACCCAACGUUCUGUUCCCAAAGCUUGCCUUCAGUUAUUAGGAAUAGCAUGCAUGGUCGUUUGUACAAGAUAUGUUAGUAAAGAAAUUCUAACUAUUCGUGAAGCUGUCUGGCUCACAGACAACACAUACAAAUAUGAGGACUUAGUUCGAAUGAUGGGAGAAGUUGUUUCUGUGCUGAAAGGCAAAAUCCGUAGCCCCACCCUUCUGGACUAUGGAGAGGUUCUGCUGUCUCUGCUGCCUUUGGAGAGGAGAACCACUCAUCUGUUCAGUUACAUCUGUGAACUGUCUCUGCUCCACUCUGCACUCGCUACACCUCCACGUGCAAAACUGGCCUGUGCUGUGCUGCUGCUGACACGAGCACUACAUCACUAUGCUCCUAUCUGGCCCUGGCAGUUAGUUGACUACACAGGCUUUUCCAAAGACGACCUCAUCCCACUUUGUUUGUUGCUUUAUGUCAAAUGUUUCAGUCAGGAUGUUCCUAAAGAUUACAGGCACAUAUCUCUUACUGGUGUGAAACAGCGUUUUGAAGAUGAGACCUACCGAUGCAUCAGCAAAGAAAAGGUGAUGGAUUAUAAAGAGCUGUGUCAGAUGUUGGAGAUCCCAGAAGAGAAGCCACAGUUGGAACCACUCAGCCCCACAGCAACUGCAGAAGCUUGCACCUUCCUGGCCUCACCAUCCAGCACCAGCAAGAGGAGACGUGAUGAUGGUGUGCACACAAAUAGAGGCAGUUUCAUGGCUACACCCACAGCAGAGCUGUCCAACCAGGAAGAAACACUGCUGGGAGAGAUUUUGGACUGGAGUUUGGACACUUCCUGUUCUGGAUACGAGGGGGAUCAGGAGGAGAGUGAAGCAGAGAAAGAUGCUGAAUCCUCCAUGAUUUCUCUCAAACUGUACCCAGUCACCGAUGCGGACAGUAGACAGCUGCACUGCCGUGCCAUGUCUAGUGAUGAGGACAGCAUCUGUGAGACUGACCAGGAGCUUGUUGAGACCAAAGGCCCAGUAUGCAUUUCAUCAUGUGCUAAUCUACAGAGCUCAGGAUAUUCAAGUGUGAGCCCAUCUUCAUCAUGCUCCUCCUCAUCCCUCAUCUCCUGCACAUUAAAAAACCUUACCUCUAAUUUGGGCUCAACCUCUGCCGAUGCUCAGCCUGGCUUCCGCCUUCUAUUGCCCAUGCAGCGGUCCAGAGGCACUUCGAGCAAACAAGUUAAAAGGAAAAAUAAAGCAGCUCACAGUGGAGGUGAGGUGGACAGAACAGAUGAAGAAGAUGGUGUUGAAUUUCUCAGUUUAUAGGAAAAGUGUUUGUGAGCUGAUACACAGAUGGCAUGGGCAGUUGUGUUAAAGCACUUGGGUCUCCCAUGUUUUGCUCUACACUAGAUAAUCAUUGUCCAAAAGACUCAAGACAGUACAUGAAUAUUAACAUAUAGAGUAUGUUAUGUUUACUGGCAAAGUAUACCUCAAAAGCCUUAACAGUAUAACCAAUAAAUUGGUCAGCUCUGAAACCACUGGAAAUUAAACUCCUCAGGAGCACACACUCAGCACAGUUUCUAAUGCACUGAUGUUUGUACACCAUCUACAAUGUUACUUACUUUCCUGUUCAUACAUUUUAUUUUCACUAAAGGUACUAUAAAUGUCCUUAUUUAAAUGCUAUGUUAUGAAGUGACCUGAAGAACAAAAUUCAGUUCCAAUACUUUUCUACAUGCACACUGGAGCCAAUGCUGACAAAUAACUCUUGCGAAACUGGUUUGCGCAGAGAAGUGUUACAUCCAAUCAAAAACAUAUUCAGAUAUUUUAAAAGGGAGAAGUUAAAGAACAAACACUAAGACGUGGUUUUAUUGUUCCAAACCAAAAAUAUACGGUAAGUUCUUUUGGCAAGGUAAAAUGCCGUUUUUCGAGACUAGUCACCUGUGUACAUAGUAUUAUAUGUAAGGAUGUAUACAAUUUCACCAUUGUAUUUGUAUGUACUUUCAUGUCAGCAUUUUAUGAGUUGAAGGGAAGUAUUUGUAUUUGAAUGUGCAGUCUCUGUAUUGUAAAUAAGUUCCAAUGUAAAUAUGUGCUUUCUUACAAAUAAAACAAAAGUACAUC